AUGGCUGUCGCCUUGGGAGGGCGUCGCAGUGCGUCCAGAUAUGCCAGUGCAGCUGCGCUAGCAUGGCGCGGUUCCCGAUGGUGCGCGGCGCGUUCGUGCAGGUGGUGCUGUGGCUGGUCCUGUUCGUCGCGACUGGGGUGGGGCGGGCCUCCGCCCAGACCCAGCUCGACUUCCUCGGGACGCCGGCCGCACGCAGACCUAGGACGAGCCUGGACACGCUCAAGGGCGUCGUCAACGCCAUGGUGCUGUCGGCGGGCACGCCGGCCGACGCCCAGGCCGUGCAGACCUUCCUGAGCGGGGGCGCGGCUCCCGCGGGCCCCAAGGGGGCGGCGGGGAACGGUCACAACUCGGGUCACCAAAGCGUCGCGCCCGACGCCGCCAUCAAGGUGGCCACCAAAGUGGAUACAGCAGCGGACUCAUCCCAGAAGACCAAGCGGGCUGCCGCCGAGCCGGACGCCGCGGCAGCAACCAGCGCACCCGCUGCUGAGCCCGGCCCUGGGGGCGUGCUGGGCCAGGUGGUGCAGGCCGUCAUCAACUACUCCAAAAGCGUGGCGGCGGCGGUGAGUGGCAACGGCAACGCGACCCAGCUCGCGCCCGAGGUCAGCUCCGGCAACGUCACCGCCCUCAACACCACCGCCAUCGCCACCGCCAACUCUACGUCUGCUGGCAAGGAGACGCGCGCGCGCCGCGCCACCCCCGACAGUGGGGCCCAGCCAGCCGCGGAGGCUGCCAAGCCCACCCAAGAGAAGUCCGCACCAGCCGCCGACAAGAAGGCUCAGCCGGCUGCGGAGGCUCCCGACCUCAACAAAGAGAAGUCCACGCCAGUCACCGACAAGAAGGCCCAGCCGGCCACGGAGGCUGCCGAACAGGAGUCGACGCCAAAGCCGCCGCAGCAAGACGCCGAGCAGGUGGAGAUGUCGGCCGCCAACGCCACGGGCCACCUGCACCUCCCCGACGACAGCCAUCGGCAGAUGACACACGAGGAAGCGCGCCAAGUGAAGCAGAACGCGCAGGGGCAGCCGCACCGCGCAAAGCGACGAGCAGACAAGGAAACGGCCUUCAAGGACGCGCCGUUCGUAACGCGGCGCGGUGCCGCGCUGGGGGCGCCGCUCCCACGCGCGGAGGACGAAAAGAAGGGCGCGGAGCAGAAGAGCAAGAAGGCUGCGGACGAGCAGAGGCAGAAGGAGGACAACAAGAAGAACGACGCGGAGGUGCUGCCCAGGGCUCCAGCGGGGGCGAAGAAGGCGAGAGGCAGGAGGAGCAACGCGGAGAACAAGAAGGGGCACAAAAAGGAAGAGAAGGUAGAAAAGAAGGAAGACAAGAAAGAAGAGAAGAAAGAAGAGAAGGGGGAACCAAAGGAGCAACCAAAGGAGGCGCAGAAUGCACCGUCGAAAGGGACGCAGGCCCAAGUGCCGGCAGAGCCAAAGGCACCGGGGACGGCGGAGGCAGCACCGCAGCCCCAGAAGGCGGGGGGCGGACACGAGAAGAAAGGGGGAAGGAGGAGGCGAUCUGACGCACAGAAGGGAACGAAGAUACAUGCAGGAGAAACUGCGUCGGUUCAACAGAAAACGGAAGGAAAUCCGGCAUCGGAAAACGACCAGCAGGAGAAAGCAGAAGGAAAGGGGCUGGAGGGUGCCACCAGCGCAGCAAAGAAAAGCCCUGCCAAGGACGCCGGAGGUGAGCAAAAACCGGGAGAAUCUGGAGGAGCGACGGCGGCGACACGAGUCCAGCCGACAAAGUCGCGGCGGCGGAGAAGAGCUGGCCACAACAGUGACAGGGCGAAGCAAGCCCAGAAGCAGAAGCAGAAGCACAAAACGGCCGCGUCCAAGCAGCCCAGCCCCAGGAGAGCGCGCAGUCUUGCCGACGCCGACCGCAGGGGACUGACUCCUGUCCUUACUGCGUCAGCGUCCGCGGUCGUCGUGAGCCCGGAGGUCCUCAAGAGCGUCGGCGCGGACGUGUUCAAGGUUCAUCACCACCGGCACAGCCACCCCAAGUCGGCCAACAAGGCCGCCAGCAAGGCGGCGCCGAGUGGCGCGGCGGCGGCGAAGGCCCGACAGAGGAUGGCGGUGCCGCGCACCAGGAGGGCCAUCCGGGAGCUCAAGCCGCACGAGCUGCCGCCGCACAAGGGGUCGCAGCCCAAGGCGGGCAAGGGGCCCAAGGGUAACCGCGCCCCCGAGAGUGUAGGGGGCUCCGUCAUCAGCAUCAAGAGCAACCCCAACGUGCAGACGGAGGUGCGCACCCUUAAGGACGGCUCGCAGGUGGUGGUCAAGACUGGCCAGGGCCCGCCAGCCGCGUCCUCCGCGGCCCCUGCGCCCGCGGCCCCUGCGCCCACGACCCCUGCGCCUGCGGCCCCCGCCUCGACUGCCGCCCCCAAGAAGAGGGAGGUAGAGCGGGUGGAGACCCAGCGUAAGCCGUCAGCGGCGCGCCCAGACGACGAGAUCGAGACGCUGAAACCGAAAGCGCAGCACAUACUCGUCAAGUCACCCGGCGGCGCGACCAAGCAGUACGACAUCCCUCACAUACCCCAGGGCGUCACUGUUCGAGGCACCGCCACCUUCGUCAAGGCCCUCAAGGUCAUCGACACGGAGGCGAAAGUCCGGCGGCGUAGACGAGCCGAGAAGGUCGACGCCGUGGACGGUAAGCUGCUCAUUCCCAAAGACGACACCAACCAGGACCAGAAAGGAGCAAAGGGUCAGCAGCAGGACCAGAAAGAUGCAAAGGGUCAUCAGCAGGGCCAGAAAGAAGUAAAGGGUCAGCAGCAAGACCAGAAAGAUGUAAAGAGUCAGCAGCAGGGCCAGAAGGAUUCAAAGGGACAGCUGCAGGGCCAGAAAGGUCAUCAGCAGCAAGGCCACAAGGGUCACCAGCAGCAGCAGAACAAGAAGAGCCAACUUCAGGCCAGACGGAGACGCCGGGCCGCACCGACGCCCGCUACCUCGGCGACCUCCUCGUCUACGACGGAGACGGUGUCCGAGGGCCAGCAAGACGAGGGCACCGUAAAAAUCUACGGCACCCUGGAAGGCGAGAUGGUCAAGGUGAAGGGCUACAUCAAGGGCGACCUGACGGGGGCCGCGUCCGCCUACGUCGUGCCCACGCUGCUGUCGCGCUAUGGCGACUUCGUCCAGGGCGCGCGCAACGGCGAGUUCUUCAACGACCAGGGCCAGCAGGGCGGGCAGCGCGGUGAGGUGGGCUUCUACGGCUCGGCGGCGCAGCGCUCGCUGAACGGGCUCAACCAGCGCGCGCAGUACGGCGACUCCCAGGCCGGCCAGCAGGGCCAGCGCCGGGACAACGGCUACUACGGCAACCAGCAGGGCGUCAAGUCCGGCCACGACAUUGGCCGCAACUUUGACACCGGCCAGGCCUUCGACAAGAAGGGCGCGAGCGGCACGUACGAGGACAAGAACGGCAACCACCGCAAGGGCUUCAAGAACGCGGGCUUCCGCAACACGUACCACAAGGACGAGUCGGCCAACUCCACCUCCUUCUUCGACGAUCUGAACGACGAGGGUGGGCACAAGGCGUUCGACCAGACGGGCAAGACCUACCUGGACCAAGGCGCCGCCAAGAACCGCGGCGACUUCCUCAACGCCGCCUUCGUCAACGAUGGCGCGGGCAAGCAGGGCGGCUUCGACGGCGGCACCGCCUACCAGGACGUGCGCGCCCAGGCGGGCAACACCGCCCACCACGACGGCUUCGACGACCGCGCCAAGCUGGACUACCAGCACCACGGCAACAACCACGGAGGUACGCAGACCCAGGGCGGCAAGUACUUCAACGGCGGCGGCUCCUUCAACCAGGCUGAGGUGGCGGCGGCGGGUGGCAAGCGCGGCGGCGGCGGCUUCCACGGCAUGCAGCGGACGGGCACAGGAGGAGGAGGAGGUGUAGGCUUCCAAGGAGGCUUCCAGAAUCUCGGCAGCAGCAGUGGCGGCGAUGGCGGUGGCUUCCAAACCGGAUCCAACGGCUUCCAGACCGGAUCCAACGGCUUCCAAUCCGGAUCCAACGGCUUCCAGAGUGGAGCGAGCGGCUUCCAGGGUGGAGCAGGAGGCGGUUUCCGAGGCGGCUCCACGGCGGGCUUCCAGGGCGGCUCAACUGGCUUCCAGGGCAGCUCCGACUUCCUGGGCGGCAGGGACGGCGGCGGCGGCGGCUCCGGCUUCCAGUCGAGCGUCAUCACCAGCUCGGGGCUGUACGACCCCUCGAGCGCCGUGCGCAACUCCAACCCCUACCCCUACUACCCGCCACCCUCGCCCGUGCCGCUCAUGGGCCGUGCAGGCAACGGCCAGGGCGUGCUGGACCUGCGCGGCGGCACCUUCUACCAGGGCGGCGGCUACCGGUCGCAGUUCCUGCCCGAGCCCGCGCCCAUGGGGCCCCUGACGCCGCUGGCGUUCGCGCCCUCCUCCAACAAGGCCAUGACGUCAUCCCUGACGUCAUCACCCACCCCCAGCGCGUACCACCGCUUCAGCAAGAGCUCGUUCCGGAUCGGCGGCGAGCAGGACACGGGGCCCAACGCGGGGCCCGACGCGGUGCGGGGCAAGGGCUUCGCCACGUGGGAGACCUUCGGCAACAGCGCGCAGGCCACCUCGCUGAGGUACGCGCUGCUCGCCAUGCCCGGGCUCAGCCGCGCCUAGCGCGCCCAAUAAGCCCGGCGCCCCUCCUGUACCUUAUUCACAACCCAGUGCGUCUAGAGCAGUUGUAUCAUACAAUAUUCGAUAAUAAACGCGUGAUAAACCCA